ACGACCAAGACUUUCUUUUCUCUCUCUCCCUUCCUCGCGGGAAGUGGCGGGAACCGAGAGAUUCGCAGCCGGGAAGUCGGAGGGAGCGCCUGAGCGGUGGACUGUUUAACGCCAUUUUCCGGCCGCGUUUUAGCUCGAUGUGGAUCCUCAUACAUUGGAAUUUCGGAUAGGAUUGCGGCCCUCUAGAGUCCCCGUUCCGGUGGAUUUGAUGUUUGUCGGCGAAAAUUCCGAUAACUUUGUUUCGGAUUUCUGUCGUUUUUACGUCGGAGAGUAUUUCGGCGGAGAUAGCUCCUCUUUCCCUCUCUCUCUCUCUCUCGCUCUGUGAACACGUUUUCUCUGCGUCCUUGGCUUUCCGAUAGACGAUCUUAGUAGCUUCUCUUCCUUCGUCCUCGUUCGGGGCACUCCCGCUCGAGAAGUCGCACGGAAUCGUGAUAUUCUCAACUGGGAAUCCUGACCGGUGAGUUGGCCUCGUUUCCCCCCUGCGUCCUAGCUCGAUGUGCACUCACAAGUUCGUUGGACUCGUAGACCGGAUUUCGGCCUACUGGAGGCCACUUUCCGGCGGAUUUGAUGCUUUUCGGCAAAUAUUCUGAGAAUCUCGUGCUGCAUUUCUGUUGUUUUACAGUUAGAGAGUAAUUCGGCAGAGAUCGCUCCUCUCUCCGUCUGAUUGUUGACUUCCUGGUUGAUUCCAUAAGAAAGGUUCAUGAGAAUCGGCCUAUAUAUUUCUUGUUCCUGCAGCGUGUGUUAGUUCCUUUUCCGGGUUGUGGGUUCGUAGCUGGUGUUGUCUCCGCCAAUCCAAGAUACAGCCAUAUAGGAUCGUCGAUUGUUGAUUGCCGGUUCCCGUUUAUCUGGUCCGUGUCCUCUUACUUCCUGGGUUGAUCCUUCUUCUCUUUUAUAUGAGAUGUUAUGCUAGAUUACCGAGCGCUGGGUGAUUUAGUGAAUUGAGUUGUUCCACUGAUGCCGACUAGGGUGACGGCGAGAUUUUUGGGCAGAAUGCCUUUCGCCUUGCGGGCUGUUGAGCAUGGUGAGCUCUAAGAAACGGACAAGAAGCCAGUUUUGGAUAUUAUGCCCCCACCCAUGGAAUCCAGCACCGAGGGGAAGCCAGAAUCCUCAAGUCGGGGACAGAAUUCUGGUCAGGUCACCAUGGAGCACGUGCUUUUGGCACUGGGCGAGACGGCGGAAGAGAGGGAGCUGAGAAUUCGUAGUCUUUUCAACUUCUUUGAUGCAUCGAAUGACGGAUACCUUGACUACUUAGAAAUAGAGUCAGGCCUUCGGGCGCUUCAGAUACCUGCGGAGUAUAAGUAUGCGAGGGAUCUCUUGCAGGUGUGUGAUGCCAAUAGCGAUGGUCGUGUCGACUACCACGAAUUUAAGCGCUACAUGGACGACAAGGAACUCGAACUUUACUGCAUUUUUCAAGCCAUUGAUGUUGAGCACAGUGGCUGCAUUUUGCCGGAAGAGCUUUGGGAUGCUCUUGUUGCAGUAGGAAUUGAAAUUGAUGAUGAGGAACUAGCCAGAUUCAUGGAGCAUGUAGAUAAGGACAAUAAUGGCAUAAUUACUUUCGAAGAGUGGAGGGAUUUCCUUUUCCUUUAUCCUCAUGAGGCAACAAUUGAGAACAUCUAUCAGUAUUGGGAAAAAGUUUGUCAUGUGGAUAUUGGAGAACAGGCAGUCAUUCCUGAAGGGAUUAGUAAGGGCGUACUUGCAAGCAAAUAUUUGAUAGCAGGGGCAGUAGCUGGCGCAGCUUCUCGAACUGCAACUGCGCCUCUGGAUCGCUUAAAGGUGGUAUUGCAAGUACAAGCUGCACGUGCACAUAUUGUGCCAGCGAUAAAACAGAUAUGGAAAGAUGGGCGAUUUGGGGGAUUUUUUCGAGGAAAUGGAAUUAAUGUGGUUAAGGUAGCACCUGAAAGCGCCAUAAAAUUCUAUACUUACGAAAUGCUGAAGAAAUUUAUUGUCGAUGAAAAGGGGGGCACUAAAGCUGAUAUAGGUACUUCUGGGAGACUUUUUGCUGGUGGAGUUGCUGGUGCAGUUGCACAGACUGCAGUGUAUCCGAUGGAUCUUGUAAAAACACGACUGCAGACUUAUGCUUGUGAAGGUGGGACAGUCCCAAAAUUGGGAGCAUUGGCGAAAGACAUAUGGGUUCAGGAAGGACCACGUGCGUUCUACAGGGGCCUUUUUCCAUCCCUUCUCGGGAUCAUCCCUUAUGCAGGCAUUGAUCUGGCUGCAUAUGAGACCUUAAAAGAUAUGUCAAGAACUUACAUUUUGCAUGAUAACGAGCCUGGUCCACUUGUACAACUCGGCUGUGGAACAAUGUCAGGAGCUCUUGGAGCAACAUGUGUAUAUCCGCUGCAGGUUGUUAGGACAAGAAUGCAAGCACAACGUUCUACUGCAACUGCUGGUUAUGAGAGGAUGUCUGAUGUGUUUUGGAGGACAAUAAAGGAUGAAGGUUUUUUGGGGUUGUACAAAGGGUUGAUCCCUAGCUUACUCAAAGUGAUGCCAGCUGCUAGCAUAACAUAUCUUGUUUAUGAAAUGAUGAAGAAGAACCUUUCUCUUGAUUAAUUCAUUAAGGUGAUUCUUUGGUUUGCUGGAAGGAGUAAUUAUUCAUAGCUAACUUCUGGAUUGAUGACAUUAGGUAAUGAUUGUUACAUUGAUGAUGAUGAUGAGAUGAUGAUGAUGAUGAUGUUUAUGACAUGGACUUUUAAGUUCUAACUUCUUAGAACAUGAUAACCGUCUUCUUGCUUUAGGCUGUCAAGCAUGUCUUGAAGGAGCUCCUCUCAGCUUGAAGAGCUGCACAACCAAUCUUUGAACUUGUAAAAAUUGUAAUAUCUGCUUCAAUUUUGGGGUUAUUCAUCAAGUAAAUGUUGAUUGAUUUGCACAUUUCUCAGAUUUCAUUAUUUAUGGUACAGCAUAUCUUGGUUCU